ACACCGGAAAUCCCUUACACAAGCAUGUGUGGAGAAAGGAUGUCAUAACCGAACCCGGCUGUGAAGUGUCAGCCACGUUUAUACGUAACUCUGCUUAUCAAAUACCAAAUACCUGCUUUUCCACGCAGCCUAAACGGAGACAACUGGCUUAAAAACAGCGCGUGGAAGAUAGUGUUCAUAGUCCAGAAGUCCACGGUGGUUUGUUCGGGUGUCUCCAGGUGAAACUCCGCCCGCCGUCUCAGAUGUUCUCCUCCGGCAGGACCGCGUCCUCCCGCCUUUGCUGGCCGCUGCCGAGGCUCCCUCUCCGGCCGAGCUCGGGGCAGAGAGCCGCCAGCACUCUCCGGAAAGAGCUGAUAAAGAAACAUGACCUGGUGAAAGAUGAGCUCCGCCCCCUUUAUAUGGAUUUCCAAGCCACGACGCCGAUGGAUCCCCGGGUGCUGGACGCCAUGUUGCCCUACCAAGUCAACUACUACGGCAACCCCCACUCCAGAACGCACGCGUACGGCUGGGAGAGCGAGACCGCCAUGGAGACCGCACGGAAGCAGGUGGCUGAUUUGAUCGCCGCCGACCCCCGAGAGAUCAUCUUCACCAGCGGUGCUACAGAGUCCAACAACAUGGCUGUCAAGGGCGUGGCCAGGUUCUACAAAGCCAGCAAGCGACACGUGAUCACCACGCAGACGGAACACAAGUGCGUCCUGGACUCCUGCCGCAUCCUGGAGUCCGAGGGCUUUCGCGUCACGUACCUGCCGGUCAAGAAGAACGGACUGGUGGACAUGGAGCUGCUGGAGAAGUCCCUGACACCUGACACCUGUCUGGUGUCCAUCAUGACCGUCAACAACGAGAUCGGAGUCACGCAGCCUGUCAAAGAGAUCGGUCACCUGUGUCGCUCCAAGGGCGUCUUCUUCCACACGGACGCUGCACAGGCUGUGGGCAAGAUCCCCUUGGACGUGUCCCAGUCCAAGAUAGACCUGAUGUCCAUCAGUGGUCACAAGAUCUAUGGACCUAAAGGCGUGGGGGCGCUGUAUGUGCGGCGCCGACCCCGGGUGCGGAUGGAGCCCCUGCAGAACGGCGGCGGCCAGGAGAGAGGCCUCCGCUCGGGCACGGUCCCCACGCCGCUGACUGUCGGCUUGGGAGCCGCCUGUAGCAUCGCCCAGCAGGAGAUGGAGUACGACCAUCAGAGAGUGUCCAUGCUGGCUCACCACCUGGUCCAAAGGAUGACGUCUGAGAUCCCCGAUGUCAUCUUGAACGGAGACCCAGACCAGCGCUACCCUGGCUGCAUCAACUUGUCCUUCGCCUACGUGGAGGGAGAGAGUCUGCUGAUGGCGUUAAAGGACGUGGCGCUGUCCUCCGGAAGUGCGUGUACCUCGGCCUCCUUGGAGCCGUCCUACGUGCUGAGGGCCAUCGGUGCAGACGAAGACCUGGCCCACUCCUCCAUCAGGUUCGGGAUCGGCCGCUUCACCACGGAGGAGGAGGUGGACUACACGACGGACAAAUGCAUCCAGCAUGUCAAGAGACUCCGGGAGAUGAGUCCUCUGUGGGAGAUGGUGCAGGAAGGCAUCGACCUGAAGAGCAUCAAGUGGACGCAGCAUUAGUCAGCUCACUUCCUCUUUCUCUUUUCUCUUAAACACGCACAAACAUCCUGUCCAACGACACUUGGAGGGAGAAUAAAGAACAACUCUCCUUGUCCUUCUUCUACAACAACUCCUGAAUGACUUGUGUUAGUCGCUGAUGACAACAUUAUUUGUCUUGCUUUUUUAUAUGCAUGAGAUUUAUUUGUGCACCCGUGCAGUCUUCUACUGGACUUGUGUGUGUGUGUGUGUGUGUGUGUGUGUGUGUGUGUGUGUGUGUGUGUCCAUGUCAGUAAUCAUGUCAGUGUGUCUGUAUGUCUGUCCCUCUGUGUGCGUGCAUGUGUGUGUCAAUAAUCAUGUCAGUGUGUGUGUGUCCAUGUCAGUAAUCAUGUCAGUGUGUGUGUGUCCAUGUCAGUAAUCAUGUCAGUGUGUCCCUCUGUGUGAGUGUGAGUGUGAGUGUGAGUGUGAGUGUGAGUGUGAGUGUGAGUGUGAGUGUUCAUGUCUGGAUGUGUGUGUUCAUGUCAGGGUGUGUGUGUGUGUGUGUGUGUGUGUUCAUGUCAGAGUGCGUGUGUUCAUGUCUGGAUGUGUGUGUUCAUGUCAGGGUGUGUGUGUGUGUGUGUGUGUGUGUGUUCAUGUCAGGGUGUGUGUGUUCAUGUCAGUGUUCAUGUCUGAAUGUGUGUGUUCAUGGCAGUGUGUGUUCAUGUCAGAGUGUGUGUGUGUGUGUGUGUGUGUGUGUGUGUGUGUGUGUGUGUUCAUGUCUGGAUGUGUGUGUUCAUGUCAGGGUGUGUGUGCGUAUGUAUGUAUGUGUGUGUGUGUUCAUGUCAGGGUGUGUGUGCGUAUGUAUGUAUGCGUGUGUGUGUUCAUGUCAGGGUGUGUGUGUGUGUGUGUGUGUGUGUGAGUGUGUGUUCAUGUCUGGAUGUGUGUGUUCAUGUCAGGGUGUGUGUGUGUGUGUGUGUGUGUGUGAGUGUGUGUGUGUUCAUGUCUGGAUGUGUGCGUUCAUGUCAGGGUGUGUGUAUGUAUGUAUGUGUGUGUGUGUGUGUUCAUGUCAGAGUGUGUGUGUUCAUGUAAGAGAGAGAGUGUGUGUGUGUGUGUGUGUGUGUGUGUGUGUCAAUGUCAGUGUUCAUGUCAGUGUGUGUGUCUUCAUGUCAGUGUUCAUGUCUGGAUGUGUGUGUUUAUGUCAGAGUGUGUGUGUGUUCAUGUCAGAGAGAGAGAGUGUGUGUGUGUGUGUGUGUGUGUGUGUGUGUGUGUGUGUGUGUGUGUGUGUGUGUGUGUGUGUGUGUGUGUGUGUGUCAGUCAAUGGCAGUCUUCAUGUCUGGGUGUGUGUGUUCAUGUCAGUGUGUGUAUCCAUGUCAGAGUGUGUGUGUGUGUGUGUGUGUGUGUGUGUGUGUGUGUGUGUGUGUGUGUGUGUGUGUGUCAGCAGCAUCUGGUCAAACCCAAAUAAAAUCCUCUUCUACACAAAC